AUGGAUCAUCAUUUAUAUACACCCUGUGGCAGUGCUGCUUAUGCUGCUCCAGAACUGGUUUCUGGAAAAGAAUAUCUUGGGGAUAUGUCUGGUAAGUACUCCACACCGCCAUGGUUGUCUGCAGAGAGUGUAGAGAUCAUAGACCAACUGCUGCAAGUCAACCCCAUGCGAAGAAUCUCUAUGAGACAUCUUUUGAACCAUCCUUGGGUUUGUCAAAAUGGCCAACCUGUUAACUGGAAACCCUGCCCCACUGAACUUGAUGAGGACUGUGUAAUUAAACUUGCAGUGUUUAAUGGUACCACAAAAACCAGAAUGAUUAACAUGAUAAAAGAGUGGAAAUACGAUUAUCUUACAGCCACUUACUUCCUUCUCUUGGAGAAAAAAUAUAAAAAUCAACCAUUAGACUUACAUGAUGCGAGACGUCUCUUGCUCCCCUUACAGCCUAAGAUUUGGAAUAGCAAUAACACCGAGACGAAUCCUGUGGUGGCCAAAUUAUCUGACAGAUAUCUGAAAGAACCAGUCCCAUACCAUUUUGAGCACACACCAACCUCCAUCAAGAACAUCAUAAAGGACGUUCCUGCCAGCGAGUGGUCAAUGAAUGCAAGGGUUUCAACCAAAAAGAACAAAUACAACCAAGUCAUGUCUCAUUUAGAAGAGACAUAUAUUGUACCGAUAAAGGAAGAUAAUCAAGCCAACUCAAAGAGGAAGCCAAGUCGUGAUUUGACAGCCAGCCCCAAGACCCCAAGAAGAAAAGAAAACAAAGAGAAUCUGCUGGAGACUCCACAUAAAACUGAUGACACAUUUGCAAUUCCUUACUCUGUGGCCACACCCCGUUCCAGAGCAAACAGCAAGUCGGUGAAGACGCCAAAACACAAUCGCUCUCCUUUGAUGGGCAAACAGCUGCAACAAAUUUUAGAUGGGAAAACUGAAGCAUCAUCUCCAAUAUCCAAGGCAAAACCAUCAAUUGUGCUCUCUCCCUCUCGAUCAGUUGACUCCCAACUCCAUAACUUGUCACUCUUGACUCCAGUCUCAGAAUCUAGCAAGGCCUCUUCGGUUGAUACAGAUUUGCAUAAGUCUGGAUUUCAGCGCAGCACAGAGCGCAAGUCUUUCAAGGGAUCCAUGUUUGGAAGUUUGGAGAAAGUAUUCAAAAUGUUCAGCCCCAGAAGCAGGUCUGUCAGUCAUGGUCCUCGUAAAGUGAAAAACACACACAAUGUCUUCCGCACUGAACAAUACAAUGCUGACUUGGUUCUUUGCAAGUUGAAGGAUAGUAUUCAAAAGAAAUGUUUGGGCUGCAAACAGUCAGACUAUGUCCUCCGCUGCUUUGUUGCUGAUGACAAAGGCAAAAUAAAGCUUUCUUUCAACUUGGAAGUGUGUGUCGUGCCAAAGUUACCUUUUGUUGGAAUUCGUAGCAAGCGAGUUAAAGGGGACACAUGGCAAUAUAAGAAAUUCUGCGAAGACAUUAUACAGACGUCCAACUUAUAA